GUUUUGGCAGCAGCCCCUCGGGGCAAGGGGAAGCUGAUAUCAUAAUUAUUGGCUCACCCGGCAGCUGCCUCCCCUCACCUGAUGUCAGCACAGAACCAGGACGGCCGAGGUGACGGACUGACAGACGGACGGAGCUCCUGGCCCCCCAGACCCGGGCCCCCACGCCGACCUGCUUCACUGAGCAGGCCAGGACUGGGUGAUGGUGUCGCUACUCCCACCGCAGUCUGACGUCACGCUGCCGGGCCCCGCCAGACUGGAGGGUGAGCGCCAAGGGGACCUCAUGCAGGCGCCGGGCCUCCCAGGCUCUCCUGCCCCGCAGAGCAAGCACGCCGGCUUCAGUUGCUCUUCGUUUGUGCCCGACGGCCCUCCGGAGAGGACACCCUCACUGCCCCCACACAGCCCCAGCAUUGCGUCGCCAGGCCCUGAGCAAGUCCAAGGUCACUGCCAAGCUGGCCCCGGGCCGGGCCCCUUCCGGCUGUCACCCUCAGACAAGUAUCCUGGCUUUGGCUUUGAGGAGGGCUCAGCGAGCAGCCCCGGGCGCUUCCUCAAGGGCAGCCAUGUGCCCUUCCACCCGUACAAGCGGCAUUUCCACGAGGACGUCUUCCCCGAGGCCCAGACCGCCCUGGCCCUCGAUGGACACUCCUUUAAGACCCCGGGGGUGCUGGAGGCCUUCGAGGAGAUCCCCGUGGACGUGGGCGAGGCCGAGGCCUUCCUGCCGGGUUUCUCGGCAGAGGCCUGGUGCAACGGGCUCCCCUACCCCAGCCAGGAGCACAGCCCCCAAGUCCUGGGGUCAGAGGUCAAGAUCAAGCCCCCAGCUCUGGAGAGUGGCCCCGGGAUGUACUGCUACCAGCCCCCCUUGCAGCACAUGUACUGCCCUUCCCAGCCCCCCUUCCACCAGUACUCGCCGGGUGGCGGCAGCUACCCUGUGCCCUACCUGGGCACCUCACACUAUCCGUACCAGCGGAUCGCACCCCAGGCCAGCACCGAUGGGCACCAGCCUCUCUUCCCCAAACCCAUCUACUCCUACAGCAUCCUCAUCUUCAUGGCCCUUAAGAACAGUAAGACCGGGAGCCUUCCUGUCAGCGAGAUCUAUAAUUUUAUGACGGAGCACUUCCCUUACUUCAAGACGGCACCCGAUGGCUGGAAGAAUUCUGUCCGCCACAACCUGUCCCUCAACAAGUGCUUCGAGAAGGUAGAGAACAAAUCGGGAAGUUCCUCUCGCAAGGGCUGCCUGUGGGCCCUCAACCCGGCCAAGAUCGACAAGAUGCAGGAGGAGCUGCAGAAGUGGAAGAGGAAAGAUCCCAUUGCCGUGCGCAAAAGCAUGGCCAAGCCAGAAGAGCUGGACAGCCUCAUUGGAGACAAGAGGGAGAAGCUGGGCUCCCCGCUGCUGGGCUGUCCGCCCCCCGGGCUGGCAGGCUCAGGCUCCAUCCGACCCCUGGCACCCCCAGCUGGGCUCUCCCAGCCACUGCACUCCCUCCAUCCAGCUCCGGGCCCCAUCCCUGGCAAGAACCCCCUGCAGGACCUACUUGGGGGGCACGCACCGUCCUGCUAUGGGCAGACAUACCCGCACCUCUCACCGGGCCUGGCCCCUCCUGGACCCCCGCAGCCACUGUUCCCGCAGUCAGACGGGCACCUGGAGCUGCGGGCCCAGCCAGGCACCCCCCAGGACUCGCCUCUGCCUGCCCACACCCCACCCAGCCACAGCGCUAAGCUGCUGGCCGAGCCUUCCCCAGCCAGGACCGUGCACGACACCCUCCUGCCAGAUGGAGACCUCGGGACCGACCUGGAUGCCAUCAACCCCUCUCUCACCGACUUUGACUUCCAGGGAAACCUGUGGGAACAACUGAAGGAUGACAGCUUGGCCCUCGACCCCCUGGUACUGGUGACCUCGUCUCCGACAUCAUCGUCAAUGCCACCACCCCCACCCCCACCCCACUGCUUUCCCCCCGGGCCCUGUCUGGCAGAGACAGGCAGUGGGGCAGGUGACUUGGCACCCCCAGGCAGUGGGGGCUCCGGGGCACUGGGUGACUUGCACCUCACCACCCUCUACUCGGCCUUCAUGGAGCUGGAGCCCACGCCCCCCACGGCCCCCGCUGGCCCCUCCAUGUACCUCAGCCCUAGCUCCAAGCCCAUGGCCCUGGCAUGA